AUGACUGGUACAGUGAGAGUCCUUUUUCCUUUAGCCACUAAUGAAACAACAACUAUUCAACAAGAAUCAACGACCAACACAGAAACUAGUCCUACCAUAUCACUUCUCAUCACCUCCGGUAGCUCAACCUCGAGUGCUGCCGCCAGCCUAACAACCAUGAGCAGCACCCAAGAGUCUACUGCUCCCGUCGUCUCACAAACUAACACGGCGUUCAGUGCAGCUAGCCCAAUCUCAGGUGAAUCGACACCAAAAUCUUCGACAGUCGCCAGCGGUGCAACACAGGCUACCAGUGAAGUCACAUCCGUAACAGCUAUGAUGUCCAGUGCGACCAGCUCAAUGGCUCGCCAAUCAGCAUCAAUAUCUUCGACUGUCGUCAGCGGUGUAACUAGCCCAACUGCUACCCAAUCACCAUCAAUAUCUUCGACUGUCGUCAGCGGUGCAACACAAGGCACCAGUGUAGUCACACCGGCAGCAACUAUGAUGUCCAGUGCGACCAGCUCAAUUACUAGCCAAACAUCAUCAAUAUCUUCGACUGCCGUCAGUGGUGCAACACAAGGCACCAGUGUAGUCACACCGGCAGCAACUAUGAUGUCCAGUGCGACCAGCUCAAUGCUUAGCCAAACAUCAUCAAUAUAUUCGACUGUCGUCAGCGGUGUAACUAGCCCAACUGCUACCCAAUCAGCAUCAAUAUCUUCGACUGUCGUCAGCGGUGCAACACAAGGCACGAGUGUAGUCACACCGGCAGCAACUAUGAUGUCCAGUGCGACCAACUCAAUUACUAGCCCAUCAGCAUCAAUAUCUUCGACUGCCGUCAGCGGUGCAACACAAGGCACCAGUGUAGUCACACCGGCAGCAACUAUGAUGUCCAGUGCGACCAGCUCAAUGCUUAGCCAAACAUCAUCAAUAUAUUCGACUGUCGUCAGCGGUGUAACUAGCCCAACUGCUACCCAAUCAGCAUCAAUACCUUCGACUGUCGUCAGCGGUGCAACACAAGGCGCCAGUCUGGUCACACCGGCAGCAACUAAGAUGUCCAGUGCGACCAGCUCAAUGCUUACCCAAACAGCAUCAAUAUAUUCGACUGUCGUCAGCGGUGUAACUAGCCCAACUGCUACCCCAUCAGCAUCAGUAUCUUCGACUGUUGUUAGCAGUAUGCCGCGCUCGACUGCUCAGGGCACCUCAGAAACGAAUAUGGCAUUUAUUGCGACGACGCCGACGAUCGGUCAAUCAGUGUCAGUGGCUACAAAUACUGGUACGAGCUUAACAACGGCUAAUGGUGUGAGCACAACAGUCACAACGAAUCCUAAUACUCAAGCAUCUGGAUUCGCUGGUACUAGUGUUGCUAUGGGCUCCAUCGGUUCCAGUUCAAGCAUUGAGGUCGUGUCUCUAGCCACAUCGUCGAUUAUAUCGAUUCCGACACUCUCAGGUACAUCUGUAGGAAGUACAGCGGGCAGUGGUGUUGGCUCUUCUGGAAGCAGUAUCAGUCAAGUAACUGGUGCGACAAUGGCGACGAUCACACAAGGUGGAAGUUCGUCUUCUAAUACAGGGUCUGCGUCUACGAGUUUGGGAUCAAUUUCAAGCCUUGCUGUUGGAUCGACUGUAUCAAUUCCAACAAUCAGUCAAUCAUCAGCACAAACAGGUGUCUCGCAAGAAUCCAGUGCAACUUCAGUUCAUAGUUCUGUUACUGCUAGUGUUGCGUCAAUGGGUAGCUCUACAGCUGGUACCACUAAUACGGCAUCAAAUCCGUCUUCUGUCAUGUCAGGUGAAACAUCUGCGUUCACUGGUACGAGUAUGAGUGUCGGUUCAGGCAGUACCGCUUCGCUAAGUAGUGGUGCUUCAUCGUAUACAUCAAGUAUGAUGUCCGCAUCUGUUUCAACGAUAGCAUCGAGUACACAAAGUGGAACUAUAUCCGCUAAUACGGGUUCUGCAGCUACAAUUUCAUCACAGACUCAAUCAUCAAGUAGCAUUUUUACUGGCACUGAUACCUCGAGUGCAGUAACGCAGUCUACAGUCACAAGUAUCUCCCCGUCUUUGUCCACCGGCAUCACGGCUCAAACACAAGCUACCGGUCAAUCAUCGGUUACUUCAGGAGUCAGUGUUUCUGGAUCUAUAUCUGUUGCAACAAGUUCUGCUACAACAAUCACUGCUAAUACCGGUUCUUCCAUUUCAAGUGUGUCAAUGAGUGGAACUACUGUUAGCAAUGUAGCAGCAAGUACUUCUCAAGGUGUUGCUCAAACGAUUACGGGAUCAAUCACAAGUAAUACAAAUGCAGGAACAUCCACAACAGUUACUGUAACAGUCGGAUCUACAUUAACGAGCACAAAUAUUGCCAGUACAGGAAUGUCAACUGUUAUGAAUUCACAAACAUCAGUUAUUGCGAAUACAAUCACAUCUGUAGCAAUUACAGUUACGACAACGGUUGCUCCGGUAAAUCUGAUAUAUACAGAUUUCAAAGUUUACGGAAAUUCAUUCAAUCCAAAUAAUAGCACUGAAGUAGAAGCACUUCGGCAAGGAUUAAUCGCAGUCAUAAAUCUUGGCUAUCAAUGUAUAAGCAAUUCAAGUAAUCCACAAUGUUUCGCAUCGUCGCGGCGUAAACGUGCGGCACCUUCAUUUGUCAAUGUUACAAUACUACAAAACGUCACUCUCAUUUCCGCUGCCAAUGUUGAACCAAAAAUAUAUAGAGUAACUUAUGUUGUGAAUGAUGGAACAACACAAUUACCAGCUUCGGCUGUUAAGUCAGCUGUCGACACAGUGCCUAUUAAUCAACAACUCAUUCUAUUUAAGUUUAUAAUUGUAGGAAGCUUUGUUCAAAGCCCAAGCAUUUCAACUACACCAUCAGUUACAUCGACUGAUAACCAAUUGUGGAUAAUUGGUGCUGUUCUGGGACCAAUUGCAUUUGUUUUAUUACUUAUUUGUUUAUGCUGUUGUCUGCAUGCUAAAUUUCGAAGGCGACAACAUGCUGGAAGUACUGCUACAACUAUGUUUCAUGUUCCACAUGCACCGCCUCGAUCUACAAAUUAUCAUGCUCCCAAAAAUGAACCUAUGAAAGAGCAAGGAGCACCUCUUAAUACUACUGGUUCAUCUGGCCAACGUAAUGUCUCCCGUAGUAAUACUUUAUCACCGAGACGACUGCCUCCUAUCGAAUUACACAAUACUUCAAACAAUAUGCCACAAUAUCCUGCAUCGGUUGAUAUACCAUUGCAAAGUGUACGCCAUCAGAAUGAUGUUGAACGUUGGAGAAAUAAACUUCGUUUACAGGAGAAAUUUGAACAACGUUACGCCGAUCCAUUAAAUGAUCUUGAUCAACUUCAAAAUUCAUCACCAUUUGUCCCACAUGGCUCUAUUCGAAGUGUGAAUGAAUUGAAUCUGUUUGAAACAUCUCCAUCAACACAUGGAACACGUCGUACGUUGAGAACGCCGGAACUCGAAGUUGGACGAACACGAUUACAUCGUUUAUUAGAUGAAGUGCUUGAUCAAGCUGAACCUAAUCAAUCAAAUAAUGCUGAUUCUCAAAGUGAAACACGUCAACGUCAUAUUCAACAACCUAGCAUUCAUUCACCUAUGAUACCUCGAGUAUCUGAACGUCCCGAUCCUACUCUUCUACGUCAUCAUUAUAAUCCAUAUGAAGCAGGUGAUCGUAUACAUGAUAUUGAACAUGCCUUACCAGCAUUUUCAAUGAAUGAUAAUGAUACUCGAAACUAUAAUCCUCAAUCAUCUUAUCGUACCAGUCCCCCGUUGUUUUAUGAUGAUGAUAAUCAACAGCGUGAUGUUCGCGCCCGUAUUGAAACUGAUCGUACGGGGCACCGUCACCAUAAGUUUGAUGAUGAUGUUGUCUAUAUUGAUACAAUACCUAAAAAUCGUGAUGGUACACGAAUACAAAUGCCUAAUAGAUGGAUGGAAAGAGACGGAAAUAACGGCCAAUUAUUUCAUUUAAAUCCAUCAGAUUUAACUAAACGUAAUGAUUAUCAGGAUGAAUAUGAACUAGCUAAACGAAGUGUUGUAAAUACAAAACAUUUGGUAUCAUCUAUACAUGAUGAUUUACAACAGAUUAUUUCUGACCCAUUAAAUGAUAGUCAUUAUGUGUGA